AUGUUCAUCUCUACACUCGCGGCUUUCUCUUCUUUGAUCUUUUACAGCUUUGGGCUGGUAAAUGGCACCCCUGUAAACGGUUCAAGAUUCGAAGGCCUCGGUGAACAAGCUCGCGACAUUCUUGCUCGUGCCGUACCUGUGGCUCCUCGCUUCGUGGUAUACAGCGAUAAAUUCGUAUCGGGUUUGACUGGUCCGCCUGCUGUAGCUGACGUAGAGGGUUUUAACGUCUUUGCUAUGUCUUUCCUUCUGUUGGAAGGCGCUUUCGAUAAGGCUGAGGAAUGGACUCAACUAACCGCUGCUGAGCGGGCGACCAUCAAGGCUGAGUAUGCCGCGGCUGGAAUCUCUCUAGUUGUAGCCGUAUUUGGGUCAACAGACGUUCCGACAACUACAGGAGCUGAUCCGAUCGCUACUGCGAAUACGAUGGCUGCUUGGGUGAUUGAGUAUGGACUGGAUGGUAUCGAUGUUGAUUAUGAAGACUUCAAUGCUUUUGAUGCGGGCACUGCCGAGGCCUGGCUUGUGAGUUUCACCACACAAUUACGAACCCAGCUCCCUCAAGGCACUUAUAUCUUGACUCAUGCUCCUGUCGCUCCAUGGUUUUCACCCAGCAUAUGGACCAACGGAGGUUACAUCGCAGUCCACGAACAAGUGGGAAGUCUCAUAGAUUGGUACAACGUUCAAUUCUAUAACCAGGGUACCAGCGAAUAUACAACCUGUGCCGGCCUCCUAACCGCCUCUUCGUCCACCUGGCCUGAAUCUGCUCUUUUCCAAAUCGCCGCCAAUGGUGUGACGUUAGACAAGCUGGUCAUCGGAAAACCCGCAACCACUGGAGAUGAAACUAGUGGAGGGUACAUUGACCCUGCUACACUCGCGACCUGUGUUGAAGAGGCCAAAGCCGAAGGCUGGACUGCGGGCGUAAUGAGUUGGGAAUAUCCUGAUGCGGCUUCAGCUUGGAUCACCGAGGUGCGCGCCGAUUCUUGGCCAGUUUAA